GCGUCGGGACCCGGAAGCACUCCCCGAGGCCCCGCCCCGCCUCCCCAUAUUGCUGCCGGGGGAGGCCGCGCUUCCUUUCUGCGCUCGCGCUCGUGGUGCCGCCAGCAAGCUCGCCCUCGCCAUGCAGAACGACGCCGGCGAGUUCGUGGACCUGUACGUGCCGCGGAAAUGCUCCGCCAGCAACCGCAUCAUCGGCGCCAAGGACCACGCGUCCAUCCAGAUGAACGUGGCCGAGGUCGACAAGGUGACGGGCAGGUUCAACGGCCAGUUCAAGACCUACGCGAUCUGCGGGGCCAUCCGCCGGAUGGGCGAGUCCGACGACUCCAUCCUCCGACUGGCCAAGGCCGACGGCAUCGUUUCCAAGUAAGUCAGGGCUGCGAGAUCACAGAAGCGGGGGGUUUGUCCUAAAUAAACAGUGAAACCCACUUGUGUCGGUCUGUUCUGGGACGGGCUGCGCUCCCCUGGCACCAGGGUCGGGGCGGUGGCGCUUGACGAGGAGGGGCCGCUCAGCAGAAAGGAGACCACCAGCCCACGGAGGACGUUGCAAAACCACGUUUUACUUGGAACCAAACACAUUACUAUUUGCACACACGUCGUGACAUGACGGCACAGUGAGGUCGGGGAGCCCGGCGCGCACGUUCAGUCCACAACCCCUACGAGUGCGGAGAGUGUCCGGCCCUGAACCUGCCGCGGGUUCAGGCGGAAGUCCGCUUCAAUACUGGCUUUGCUGUGGUGACCGCGGAGUCCCACAGGACAGCAGCUUUUCGCAUGGGGGACACAAGGACACGCCAAGGGAGAAGUUCCUGGUUGUCCGUGAACACGUCAACGGGUCACGUCUUUGUGGCUCUAAGGUUGCCUGGAAGUUCCCCGGGACACAUGUCCUCAGACGUACACUUGGGGGUGGGUUCCUUGCGGCACUUGUGACCCGAAAUACCCUUGAGACACAGGUGGCGGGGCAGGUUGCUAUCCAGAGGGGAACCUGCACCCUCCCCUUGGGUUUGUAGGGGCUAAGGGGCGGCGCUGAGGACAGGGAGGUGCUCCACGAUAAAUGAGGUUGGAGCGCGGACUGGGCUUUGGCAUUCGUGCUGCCUGGAGAGGAGGAAGGAACAGGUGGCCUGUGGGCGGACGUGGGUGCCCUAGUGCCAUGGUGAGGACGGGGGUCUCCAUUUCGCAGAAGCACCAGUUUGGUUUGCGGGAGGAUGGGUGGGGCUGUAGCCUGGGCCCUGUGACCGGUUCGUAGGACAGCAGUAGGGGAGCAGCUCAAGAGCCCAGCCGACAUGGUCAUCGCUGACAGCAGCUGACCCAAGGCGGGAAACUCCUUGGUUCUUCAGUGUUUGGUGGGGCAGCACACGGGAGAACCAGGUCACAGAGUGUGCAGGAAGGACAGACCUGGGAAAGCAGAACACGGGCCCUGGUGGGCAUGAGGGGCACAGGCUGCACACAGGUGACUGCCAUUACCCAGUGGGCUCCCUUCAUGACAGCUGGGCCUAUAGCUCCUGCCUGGGAAGAACCCCUGUGAGCACUAACCCCCUUAGGGAGGUGGUGCCAUGGGGUACAGGGCCAUGGGGGAGCCCAUGUCCUGCCUGCUUGAGGACCAAGUGUGGUUUCAAGUCACAACUUCAAUAGAUCUCGUGUAACCAUUUUUCUUCCCUUAAGACCCACAGAACCAAAUCGCAAGUAGCAAUAAAUACGCUUUUUCUCCGUCACAAUAUUGCUUAGGAAGAUCAAGAGCCAAGAGCAAGCAAUCCAGUCAUCCUGAAGGUCCAGAGUGUUGUAGGCAAACAGGGCUUCCGGCAGGGAGGUGAGGGUCCCCAGGGACAGGCCAGUGUCUGUGCCGAGGCCCUCUGGGUUGUAUGACACUCGGCACCAGGAUUUCACAGUGACACGAUGCUCAGAAGAGUAGCAAAUGAGAGAAACCGGAGUCUGCUCCGGUUGGCUUAAUGUAAUGCCAGAGCUCCGCCUGUGGAUGCAGGGGGAGGCGGGCGGGCAUCCGCAGAGGGGCUGCUGGGCGGGAGGGUGCCAGGCCGACGGGCUGUGGGGGUGCAUCCCCGCAGCCCAGCCCAAGGCUUCAUUACA